AUGGUCCAUUUUGGGGCCAUGCAGCACUCCUUCACACACCUCGCCCUGCUGGGUGGUGGCCACGCAUCCCCAAUGCUCGCCCACCCUUUGCGCGGGCGCCCGGGCGUCGUCGCGCCGCCCCUACGACCCGCGCUCCUCGUCGCGCCCGCUCCCCUCCACGGCGCCAGGGACUCCCCUCGAAGGCCCGCGCCGCGCCAGUGGAUCCGCCCAUUGCGGGCCACCCAAGACACAGAAAGAGCCAAGGAUGCGGCCGACACCUCCCAAGCCGAUCCAAAGUCUGAAAAGGAUGGCUCCUCCGCGGCCCAACUGCUGGGGAUCAGGGGCGGCGCCAAGGAGACGGACAUCUGGAAGGUUAGGCUGCAGCUCACCAAGCCCGUGACGUGGGUGCCGCUGAUUUGGGGCGUCGUAUGCGGCGCCGCGGCCUCCGGGCAGUUCGAGUGGACGGUCCCCGAAGUGGCGAGGUCGCUGGCGACGAUGGUGCUGGCCGGGCCGCUGAUGACGGGCUACACGCAGACCAUGAACGACUGGUACGACCGGGAGAUCGACGCUAUCAACGAACCCAACCGUCCCAUACCUUCGGGCGCCAUCUCGGGGCCGGAGGUUAUAGCGCAGAUCUGGGUCCUGCUGGUGGCGAGCAUAGGCCUAGCCUACGGCCUGGACAGGUGGUCAGGCCACGACGUCCCCACGGUGACCGCGCUGGCCGUGUUCGGGGCGUUCAUUUCGUACAUCUACUCCGCGCCGCCCCUGAAGCUCAAGCAGUCGGGCUGGAUCGGCAACUACGCGCUGGGGUCCUCCUACAUCGCCCUCCCCUGGUGGGCGGGUCAGGCCGUCUUCGGGGCGCUCACUGUGGACGUUAUGGUCCUCACCGUCCUGUACUCAAUCGCCGGCCUGGGGAUCGCCAUUGUCAAUGACUUCAAGAGCAUCGAGGGGGACCGAGCCAUGGGGCUGCAGUCGCUGCCCGUGGCCUUCGGCGUGGAGAGGGCCAAGUGGAUCUGCGUGGGCAGCAUAGAUGCCACGCAGCUGGCCGUGGCGGCAUACAUUGCCUGGGGGCUGCACGACGAGACCAAGGGGCUGAUCCUGUUGGCCUUGAUCCUGCCACAGAUCUUCUUCCAGUUCAGGUACUUCAUCCCCGACCCCGUUGCCAACGACGUGAAGUACCAGGCGUCCGCCCAGCCGUUCCUGGUGUUUGGCCUGCUGACGACGGCACUGGCAGUAGGGCAAUACAACAUGGGGUGA